AGAGUCUGUUUUUCUGAAUUCAUGUAUUUAAUGAAUUGUUUUACUUUUAUUAUACUUCUUUUACGUGCUCUGGUAAUUAUUUACACUAUUUUGCACAAUAACCCUGUGCACAUGUACGUUUUUCCACCGGGAGAUUUGACAGACAGUGAGAUGCCAUUGGUUCCGAAACGCCGGUGAGAAGUGUUACAUUUUAAGUGUGUUGUGUCGAUUCCAGGUCAUUUUUAAAGCCAUAUAGUGGAUAUAUAGAACAAAUAGAUCUUAGUAUCUAUCUCAGCCUGAUAUUUGAGCCCAACAAGUGCCCCAAAUGCCAAAAAAAGUGAUUAGAAACCAAGGAACUCAGACCAUAGACGGAAGCCAAGAAAAGUUUGGUCUUUCGCUAUAUAAAGGCUUAAUCCACCCCAGAAGUGGGCAGGGCUUUGAAGUAGAGAGAAAUUUGUGAUGUCAAGUUCAUUUGUCAAGGAUUGUUCGGAUGUAUCAGCCCCAGGAAACGCAAACUCUGGCAAGACAGUCAUCAUUAUUGUUAACAAUGAAACGGGAAAUGUUUCCCUGGAUGGAGAUGAGCUUCAGAACUUGCUAGCCAGCCAUGGAGCAGAUGGUUCUCAGGUUAGUGUAGUGCGCAUGGGCAGUGGUGGCGUAGGCAGUCUGACAGAAGCAAAUCUUACCGCCCCCUUGCCUGCCACUGGCGACGGAACUACACAUGUCAACCUCACAGUGGAAGGAUAUCCACCUCUACCGCUUGAAGGACAAGCAGGAAACUCCGGAAAUUAUGCAGAGCUACCCUUGGAUGCAGAUGCUUUUAAUAGACUAGAGAGCGUCCUGCAGAGUGAAGAGGCGCGCAAGAUUUUAGGGGAACCUCUGAUAGACAUGGUCACACACCCUGAUCACUUAGGAACACUUGAUCAACUAAUGGAUUCCUCAUUCUUUGAAGGGGGAGACUCGGAGGAUGCAAACCUCUCAGUGGAGGGAGAUGCCCAGGAGGCAGCGGGAUCGCCACAGAAGCAGGUCCAGUCGCCUCCCAAGCGCAGGUCACAAAGGCAGAUGGACAAAGCCGAGAAGGAAGAGGUGGUGAAAAUAUUAGCUGAGAAUCAGAAAAAAAUGCAGGAAGAGAAACAAAAGUUGAAUGAAAAGCAAAUGCUCUCUCAGCUGAAUAGACUACCAGCAGUGGUCUCAGAGACAGUAAAGAAUGCAGAAGAAAGUGCUUCAGCCUCACUUGUGGACAGUACAGAAAGCAGAGAGGAAGAUGUAGAAACAGAAGCUGGUGUAAAGGGAGGAGGCCGCAAGGAAAUGGCCGAGAAGGAAGUGGAACCUGUGGCCAGGGGCAGGGGGAGGGGCCGUGGAAGGGGAAGGGGUAGGGGUAGAGGCAGAGGCAAAACAGAAAAGUCUCAGGAAAUGAAAGGUAGAGGGAGAGGGAGGAGAAAAGUUGAGGCAGAUGCCACAGAAACAGUUGGGGCAGGGAGUGACGAAGAGAAAAGGGACAGGAGAGAAGAUGCUACUACCUCCGUAAGAAGUAGAGGGAGGGGAAGAGGAAGAGGAAGGGGAAAAGCAUGGAAUAGCAAGGAAAACCAGUCAAGUGUAGGAAAAGUAAAUACAGAAAAUGCUGAAGAAAACAAAAUGCAUUUUCCAUCAGGUAUAAAGAUGAGGCAGUUGACUGUGAAUGUUGAAAGAGUGGACUUAGAAACAGGCUUAAAACAAGCCGAUUCCGCAACAGCAGUUAAGGAGGAAUUUGCAGACGCAGAAGAUGAUAAGUCUCCAAGGAAAAUUAGUGUAGUCAGUGACAGUGGGGGAGUCUUGACAGUACAGAAUGCCUCCAAAGACUCUCUUGCUGAAGAGCAGGAAGUGGCUGCAGGGUCCAAUAAAAAGAGAGAGGAAGGGAUGGGAGGUGAAGGAAAGAAAAAAGCUUUGAAAAAGGAAUCCAUAACUCAAAUACCGAUCCCUCAGUUUGAACCGCCCUUGUUCUCCACCCCUGAUGUGAUGCAGAAAGUUGGGGAGGUGAAUUCUAGUCAUUCUGUGAUGGUGAAGGGAUGUGCAAAGGCAAUCAGUCCUCAGAAAAUCCUUGUGCUUAAGAAAGAGGUGAAACAAGAGGACAGUCAAGCUUUAAAGAGCACCUGUGAAGGGGAAGGGAGUGAAAGUGAUUUAUGCAAAGAGGAAAAGGUUUGCAUUGCAGAAAAUGACAGCAAACCAUUGGAGGAGAGUGUGCUCAAAGACCAGAGUAUGGAGCUAAAGGGAGGGGAAGUGCCUAUGAUGUCACCAGACACUUUGAACUCGGACCCAAGUACAGACAAUGCUGGGGACAAGCGAGUAAGUGAAAACAGGCCCAAAGUCAUUCAGGUGAAGAGUCCCAAAGGAUUCCGCCAAGUGGUGGUGCUGAACUCGGCCAAGGCGGGCAUGUACAGGGAACCUCUCAUCAAGGUCAUUCCCCCAAAGGACCCACCCCGUGAGGAGGAGAAACUUACACCAGCAAAGCAGCGGGCAGCUCUGAAGAAAGAGAAAAUGCAGAAGAAAGAGGAAGGUACACCGAAGGGCACAAAUGACAAGUGGGAAAAUGGAGGGCUGAAGGCAGCAGGCAGAAUUGAGGCUCAGUUGAAAAGGGCAGACUCCUUCAAAAGACUAGAAGAUGUAGGAUUAAUGAAGAAGAAGGAAGAAUCACAGAGGAAAAUUGAGGAAAUUCAGAAGAAACGGGAAGAGAUGAUGAAGAAGAGAGAAGCCAUAAUGAAAAGGAAAGAAGUUGCCUUACAGCAAAAGCUGGAUGAGCAAAAUGGAAAACUGGAGACCACUCCAAUUAGGAAUAAUAUUUCAUCUCCAAAGAAAAUCAUCCAGCAGAAGAAGGAAACCCAUUUGCCAGAGAAAAAGCCUGUAAAACAGCCGCUUAAGACACCUGCAAAGAAUGCUGCAACACCCGCCAGGAAAGCAAUCCUUUCUGCUGAGGAUUCAACAGUAGACGAGUCUCCUGUGAGAAGAAGUGGACGUGCUAUCAAGAAGAAGACCUUUGGUGAUGAAAUGCUGACUUUUGACCUGAAGGAAGACAUUGCUACGGAAGAUGUUCCUGAGGAGGAAGAGCCGGAGCAGGAGCAGGAGCAGGAGCCGGAGCCAGAGCCGGAGAGUGAGGAUGAUGAGGAUGAAGAGUCCCUUGAGGAUUAUGGUCAAGAAGAUGACCCAGAUAAACUGUGGUGCAUAUGCCAAAAACCCCAUAACAAUCGCUUCAUGAUAUGCUGUGAUAAGUGUGAGGACUGGUUCCAUGGAACCUGUGUAGGAAUUACCAAAGCUAUGGGUCACCAGAUGGAGGUAGAUGGCCAGGAGUGGGUAUGCCCAAAGUGCAAAAAAGCCGAGCGCGCCAUGAAAGGAGCUGCGUCACCUACAAAGAAGGUAGGGGAGUCUCCUUCCGUACGUGUGGAAGAGGCUGCAAGGGCCUCAGUUCCACAUAAAAACCUAGCAGGGUUGCCAGUGAGGCUUCAGUAUGGAGCAAAGAAAGUAGUUUCUAAUGUAAAGAUCCAUGCACCUCGGAAAGGGGUAGUUGAUGGCGUCAAGAAGAUCUAUGAACCUCAAGCCAGUCAAGCAUCUAGGAAAGUGCCUGAGGGCAUGAAGAAAAUUACUAUGGCCAACACUUCACCUCAGACUCCAAAGAAGUUCAUCGAAGGAGCUAAAAAGGCUGAGGUGUACACAGAUCCUCGUCCAGAGUGUGAGGUGGAUGGAGGAAAGAAGUGUGCGGUAGAAUCGUGCAAUAAGUCGCCAAAAGCUGACUCCAUCUACUGUAGCAACGACUGUGUUCUGAACCAUGCACAAAUGUCCCUUAAAAUGUUGGGAAAAUAUGACAAGGACUUAGACGUCCAGUACGUUGCAAAUGCAGCCACAAUGCCAGUGAAGAGUGAGCCAAGGGUUCUCGUGUAUGAGAAGUCAACUGGAAAAAUACUGACAGGAUCGGCAGCUCCCACACUUCGUCAGUUGAAAGACUACUUGAAGCAACACCCAGACUAUGCAGUUCUCCAGCCAGGAAUGAUGGGAGCUUCUGGAACAGUGGCUGCAACUAAUGCUAAAAUUUCAAGUACACAGUUUUAUGGGGACAAGAAGGUCAUCCAGCUUUCCUCUAAGUCAGUUGCAGUGCCGGUUUCUGGUGCCCAAGCUCGGAAAGUCACUGUUGUCAAAUCAUCGGAUGGAAGAAUAAUAGUUAAAGCAUCUGAACCAGUUGAAAAUGAACCAGCAACCAAAACUCUGACAACCAGUGCACCUGUGGUAACUCCAAGCAAACCUGUAGCAAUAAGCAGUGUUAAACCCUUGAGUUCACCUGUUAGCUCUACCAGUAAGUCUGAGGAGCAAAAGAAGGAGGAGACAGCUCCUCCCAAAGGCAACCCCAGCAAAAGUGUGCCUGCCAGUCCUAGUACAAAAUCUGUCGAGGAGAAGAGAGACGAAUCUCUUGCCUCGAAGAGUACCCCAGCAAAGGAAAUAAAAAAGACGCCAGCAAAAUCCCUGUCUGCUGAGAAGAAGAAACCAGACCCAUGCGAAGUCCGUGAGAACAUUCGCAAGGGCCUGGCUGAAUGCCUCACUAAUCGUGCCAAAGGUGCAGAAAAGGAAUUUACUCAUUUGUCUGAGAAUGACAUAAAAUCUCUAGCAGCUGCAAUUGAAAAGGAAUUGUACAACUUCUUUGGCAAGGAUGUAGGCUUUAAGUACAAAUCUCGCUAUCGAAGCCUCAUAUUUAACAUCAGAGACACAAAGAACAGUGGCCUUUUCCGGAAGAUUCUGAAUGGCACCAUAUCGCCUUCCAACCUGGCAAAAAUGACCUCCGAGGAGCUGGCUUCAAAAGAGCUGGCGGAAUGGAGAGAGAGGGAGGAGAAGAAGGAACUUCAAGCCAUUGAGAAGUAUGAAUUGGAUAUGAUAGCUUUGGGUAACCAGUACAUCAUGAAGUCCCACAAAGGAGAAAUAGAAAUUGAUAAAGAUGAAUUUAUAAGGGACAAAGAGAAAGCUCCAGAAACACUGAAUUCACUUCCAGCAGAGAACCUUGGGGAAAUAGUGGAGGACACUUCUGCAGGCCACAAGAAUCACAUAUUCGACCGCAACUGCAAAAUCUGUGUGAGUCAGUCAGACUCAACAAUUACAUCGGAAGACCUUAAAUUGGAGAAGAAGUUGGAAGAGGGAGAUAAGCACAAAAAGGAGAAAAAAGACCACAAGAACAAAGAGUCAGAAAAGAUAAAAGAUAGGAAGGACAGGCACAGUUCUGAUAAGGAGAGAAGAGAGAGGAAGGACUCCACAGAUAAAGAAAGACAUAGGAGGAAGAGUGUAGAUAGUGAGAAAGAGAGAGAUAGGGAUAGAAAACAUAAAGAUGAGAAGGGGAGGGAUAAAGGCAGAGAGAAGGACAGAGACAAAGAUGAUAAAUCGAAGAGUAGAGAUAAAAGUAAAGACGAAAAGCACAGUGACAGAGACAAAGACAAACACAAAGAGAAACAGAGAAGCAGCAGAGAUGAGGAGAGGGAGAGACACAAGAGUUCUAGUAGUGAUAAAGAUAGAAAAGAGAAAGAAAGAAGAGAUUCCAAGGACAAGAAAGAUGACAAGGACAGAAAGCAUAAAGACCGACACAAAGAGAGGAGAGAUUCCAAAGACAAAGAUCGGAAGAGGAGAGACAGUGAAAAGAGUGACAGAAAAAGGAAACACAGUGAAUCUCGAAGUGAAGACAAGAAAAGGAGAGACAGUGAAAGAGACAGAAGAAGAGACAGUGAGAAAGAGAGAAGGCCAUCUGAGGGAGAGAGGCAAGAGCGGGAGAAGGAGGAAGUGAGCACAAGCGAAGAUGUCGUGCUGGAUAUAACCACCUCGAGAGGGAACAGCCAAGCCCAGCUGGAUGCCGAUGUUGAGGACACACUGCCAACCUCAACUGUCAUGGGGAGUCCAGACAUCACUGAAGUCAAGGAUUAUAGUUACACUCCCCCCAGCAGAGGUGACGGAUCUCCGCUACUAUUCCCCAACAGUCCCUCCUUUCCUCCUCUUCCUCCAGACUCCCCAGAGUAUAUUCCCCCCUUACCAGAGGAGGACCUCCCUCUGCCACCUCCUCUGCCUGACAGCCCCAGAACACCACCCCUUCCUGAGGAGGUUGACCUUGGCUCCACUCCUCCAUUACCCCCUAUGGACGAUGUACCUGACACACCACCACUGCCAGACCAGGAUGCGCCUGCCACGCCGCCCAUUCCUGAUGAUGACAUUCCCGCCACUCCACCACUGCCAGAUGAUUACUUGUCCCUUGUCAACGAACGAUCGAACACUCCCCCCUUGCCGGGUUCUGGUCUUGAUCUCCAUGGCAAAAUCUCUUCCUCUUUGGGACCACGCAAUCCUGAGGACUUGAACAGGCUAACGCCACCCCCAAUAGGAUCCAGCAGCUUAUCCAGCAGGAGUGGGCCACCCCCAAAGGUUAUAUCUGCUGAGCCAAUGACUGUAUGGAAGGGGAUCAUCCACAUGCCAGAUGUGGCCAAGUUCUCAGCUUCUGCUUUUGAGGUUUCUGGGAAAGCGCAGUUCCUUCCUGAGGACGUACCACACUCUGUUGAAGUUGUGGGUCGUAUUGCUCCUGAGACUGUGUGGAGCUACAUCGCUCAGAUGAAGAAGAGUGGAUCAAAGGAAAUUCUUGUAGUGCGUUUCCAGCCUGCAAAUGAAGAAGAGAAAGUGUCAUACAUUGCUCUCUAUUCCUAUUUGUCAUCCAAGAAGAGGUAUGCAGUCAUUGGAAACUGUGAAAAGUCUGUCAAGGACUUCUAUAUUGUGCCUCUUGCAUCCCAUCAGCCAAUACCACAGGUUCUGCUCCCGUUAGAUGGUCCAGGCUUCGAGGAACACCGCGCCCACAUGCUGAUUGGCGUCAUAGUCCGAGGGAAGCACAAACGAGUUUUCGACCACAUAACUGGGACUUGGAGUUUAGUCGGUGUUGCUGCCCCACCUCCCCCUCUCAACCUGCCUGUUAGCCAUAAGAUUCAUGAUUCUUCAGAAAGAAGUUACACCCCACCCUUACCAACAGAUGAGGAUAUCCAAGAAAUUGCCUUGGCUGCAAAGGAUUCUGAGGAGGAGGUGGAGGAAGCAGGACUUGGGGAAAGGUCAUACACCCCCCCACCACCCCCUGAUCGGUCGGGGGAGUUGAACUUGGGCAUUGCGCAAACAUCUCUGAAGAGACCAGCGAGAGAUUACAAAGAAUCGUCACUGCCAAAAAAGCGAUUUACUGGUUUAGAGGACCAGCCAACUGAGGCAGACUCAUCAUUCCAGACUCAAGACCCAAACAGCCCCCCUGAAGAGACUUACAUGGAAGCCUCACUGGACCAGGAAUCAAUGCUUGCAGAGCUUAAUCGUCAGAUUGAAGAGCACAAAAAAGAACUCAGCGAGAUGCAGAAGACCAUAGUCAAUGAUGAUGAAGAGCCCUAUAGCCCCUCAAGAUCUCACACUCCGCCGCUGACUGGCAAAGAGGAGCUCAAGCUUGACACUUCCAAAAUUAGUAUUCCAUCAAAUCUACAAGAAAUUUUAGAUAAUAUUAAACAGAAAGAGGUAGAGAUUAAAGAGAAAGAGCAGGAAAUUAAAAGAAGGUUAAGUUUGUCAGCUGAUCCUAUUGUUAUGAAUUAUGCAAAAUACCAAGAUAGUAAAAAUAAAGCUUUAGGAGCAUCCACAUCAGAAGUGAGCAAAGGGGAUGUAGAUAUGCGACCUUUGUUACAUAAUAAGGCAACUAAAGAUCUUGACCUUAGGGUAUUACAGACUACAGAUAAGAAUAAAGUUCCUGUCUCAAAUGAAACAAAACAUGAAGAAGAUACAGACCUUAGAGUUAGGGACCCUAGACUAGCUCGUGCACAAGCGGCUGCUGCACUGGAUGCCAAAGAGAAAGGUAAGACUUUAAGCAAAAUGAGUGAUGAGGAGCUUCUUGCCAAAGCUCAGGAAAUGGAGUCCAAUGAAGAUAUUGGCAAACAAGCUCAUCCAGGAGGGGCCAAUAUGGAAGCAAUGUAUCACCAGCUUCCUUACAUGCCAGCUGGUCCAUCUGGUGGGUUCAUGCACCAAGGAGCCCCUGCACUACCUCCUGAUGACAUGGCUUGUUCCAUGGGACCCCCACCUCCACCGCCACCAGGUGUCAUGGGCCCACCAUCCUUUUCUGGACAAUCAGGACCUCCACCUGUGGGCAUGUACCCGCGUAAUCAUGGGAGCAGAAUUCCAGGCCCACCGUCCCACUCUGUCCCACAUGGUCCUCCGGGUCACCCAGGCCCUCAUGGCAUGCCAGGCCCACAUGGUCCUAUUGGUCACUCUGGCCCCCUUGGUCCACACGGUCCACACGGCAUGCCAAAUCACCCUGAUAACAUGAGUAUGCAUGGUAUGCCAAAUCCCAUGAGCUCUCAGGGGCCUGGAGGUCCAAUUUACCCAGAGGGUGGUUGGGAAGGAGGUAAAAAGUAUAGUGGCAGGGGUUGGGGACGGCACUAUGACAACCCUCCAAGGGACAGAGACCGAGACUGGUAUCCUAGGUCAGGUAGAGACCGAAGCCAUCAAAGGUAUCCUUACAAAGGCAGACGCCACAGGUAUGAGGGAAGAAGUGAUAAGAGAGGGUGGGAGGGCCAUGAUGGUCCCAGAGAGAGGGACAGAGAGAGAGACAGAGAUAGAGACAGAGAUCGAGACAGAGACAAAAACCGAGACCGUGAGAGAGAGAGAGUGCAUGAGGAUCAUGAUAGAGAGGAGGAGGAGGAAUAUCCAGAAAUUGAUUAUUAAAAUCAUUAAUUAGCUAAAGGAGAUGCAAGUUGGUUUGAAAUGGGAAAGAAAAUCUUUUGAUACUAGGAAAAGUAUGAUAGUGGAUUUUGGUAGAAUGGUCUACUAUUACAAUAAAUAUUAUUUAGAAGAAACAAUUUAGGGAGAGUUGGCUAACGUUACUGCCAAGUAUAUUUUGUUAACAGUGAAUUAAUAAAUUCAUAAUUUGUCAGGUUGGUUAUAUUGUUAAACAAAAACUAACCAGUGAAUUUGUAAAUAUGUGUAUUUGGCAUAUUGCUGUAUGAACGGAGGAAGUUAUAUUACACUUGUUUUACUCUACAUGAAACAGGCUUAACAGUUUUUUAGUUUAAAAUGGAAAGAUUUUAAUGGUUGCAUUAAAAUUACAGUUUGAGUAUUCUCUGCAGUGUCAGGUCCAACCAGUACAGUAAAGCUUCACCUAAAUUGUAUAUUUAUUAGCAAUAUGUCUGCUUAGGACAAAUCCUGGCAGAAGUGACUUCAGUUACGAAUAUCUUGUCAGCCUAUAAUGCUGUAUGUUGUUGUGUUAUGAUAUACAGCUUGAACCAUUUUGUAAAUAUGUAGAUUAAGGAAUUUUAGUGGCUUUGUUGUGUAGGAAAGACUGUUCAGUUUUUACAUACAAAUUACAGUUGUGGUUGUAUAGUGAUGUAUGUGAUUAUUUUCAUGUUUUGAUCAAUUUAGUGGAGGGCAUUUUUGUUAUAACUAUGUAGACUUUAUUUCAUCUUUAUGUCUUGUCUUUGCACUAGUUCCAUGCUCCAUCCCCCCCCCCUUCUUGACACGUUACUCGUGGAAGGUCUCAGACCAAUUUUGUACAAGUGCUUGACAUGGAAGUAGUCAAUUUAUAUCACUGUAUAGGCACAUUUUUUCCAUAUAUUUAGAAAAAAUGUUGCAUGGCAGUAAGUGGCUGUGUAUAUUUUAUGAACAUUAUGAGCAGGCAUUCCUAUGAAGAAUAUAUGUAUGUUGUUGAGAUUUUUUUUAUAUAUACAAAGUACCUGUAUUUUUAAGCAAAAAAUUUAUGCUUGAAUAGUCAAAGCAAAUAAAAUAUAAUUUUUUACAAGCAUUUUCACUUUCCUUAGUUUGUACUAAUAAAAAUAAAAAUACACAUGGAAAUUUGCAAGAAACUGGAAUGCCUGCAAUCGAUGUUCAUGACAAGUGUUAUUUAAACAUUAAUUCCGAGGAACACUAUGCUAUGGCAUUUUUUCAUAAACUAAUGUACGAACAUAAGAGGAAACAACUGGUGGUUAUUACAGAUUUAUAUAAAUAUGUAUAUAAACAAAAUUAUAUGUACACAGAUCUUAAGUGCAUGAUACAAUUCAACUAUUUUUCACCGUGUGUUAAGGGCAGUUUGGUCGCGACUUCGUGUCAUUGUCAGCAGUAUUGUUAAGAAAUAAAGCCGUCAAUCUGGAAUAAGUUGGCGAAAACACCGCAAAUAAAUCACUUUAAACCAUC